AGUAGCGGAGCAUCGUGGAGCCCAAAGAGCCACCCAAACUCAUCGAAUUUUAGGCCUUUGAGUUCCUUCCAUCUCUGAAUUGUGGCCUUUCUCUUACUCUUACCAGUUACAGCCAUCGCCUAAUCACUGGAGAAGCAGUCAAUCAGUAAUGGCAUCCCACGCUGCUGUCGCGAGAUCUUCCUCUUAUGCUUCAGCCACAGCAACACGACUGUUCAAUUUCAACACUCCAAUUUCAGGAACAUUUCCAAAGACGCAAUCUUCGAUUCUGAUGCAAUUGAGGAGCAGUCGCAAGAGUAAGAAUAUUCGGAGUGAAAGCAUUAGUUCUGCUUCUUCUGGUAGCAUCGCAGUGCGGGGCGAGUCAUUCCGGGUCAAUGCCAAUGCGGGUGGGGGAAAUGGGAGCACUGCGGAAGCAAAUGGAAUUGACGGUUCUAAACCUGUUACCUUUAAAUGGCCUGAUAACAAGAGGCCAAGGGUAUGCAUACUUGGUGGUGGAUUUGGAGGACUUUACACAGCACUAAGAUUGGAAUCACUUGUUUGGAGUGAUGACAAAAAGCCCCAGGUCAUCCUUGUUGAUCAAUCUGAACGCUUUGUUUUUAAGCCCAUGUUAUAUGAACUUCUUUCUGGGGAAGUAGACAUGUGGGAAAUUGCACCAUUAUUCUCUCAAUUGCUUGCAAACACCAGUGUGCAGUUCUUCAAAGACAGGGUCAAGUGCCUAUAUCCCCGAGACCAUUUGCUGACAAAUGUGCCUGCACCAUCUGGCCCUGGAGGAACUGUUCAUCUUGAAAGUGGCCUAGCUAUUGAAUAUGACUGGUUGGUUCUUGCACUAGGAGCUGAAGCCAGACUUGAUGUUGUACCUGGAGCUGCUGAAUAUGCAUUACCAUUUUAUACCCUAGAGGAUGCUCUUAGCGCUGAUGAAAAGCUUAGAGAUCUUGAACGUAAGAACUUUGGCAAGGAUUCUCCAAUAAGUGUGACAGUGGUAGGAUGUGGUUAUGGCGGAGUUGAAUUGGCUGCUACUAUAUCAGAAAGAUUGAGAGAUAGGGGAAUUGUACAAGCCAUUAAUGUGGAAAAGACAAUAUUGCCGAGUGCUCCAGAGGGAAAUAGGGAAACUGCAUUAAGGGUUUUGUCCUCCAGGAAAGUUCAACUAUUACUUGGUUACUUUGUCCGUUGCAUAAGAAAAGCUGUCAAGGGUGAAGUUGACCAUGAUGAUCCUGCAAAUACGGUAUCAGUUCAUGCUACAACAGCUCAUCAUUCUGAAAGUGUAAUCCUGGAGUUGCAGCCUUCUGAAAGAGGCUUGCAGGGUCAGAUUAUAGAAUCAGAUCUAGUUUUAUGGACUGUUGGAUCAAAACCACUACUUCCUGAGUUAGAACAUGGCGAUUAUCCCUAUGAACUUCCUCUUAAUGGUCGAGGGCAGGCAGAAACAGAUGAAACCCUCCAAGUUAAGGGUCAUCCACGCAUAUUUGCAGUUGGUGAUGCUUCUGCAUUAAGGGACAAAAAUGGAAAAUUGCUUCCUGCCACUGCACAGGUUGCUUUCCAGCAGUCUGAUUUUGCAGGGUGGAAUUUGUGGGCUGCUAUCAAUGGUCGGCCACUACUGCCAUUUAGGUUUCAAAAUUUGGGUGAAAUGAUGACUCUUGGUAAGUACGAUGCUGCUGUUUCACCUAGUUUUGUUGAUGGAGUUACCCUGGAUGGUGUCGUUGGGCACACUGCGAGGAAAAUAGCGUACUUGAUCAGAUUGCCAACCAAUGAGCACCGCGUAAAAGUGGGGGUCAGUUGGCUAGCAAAAUCAACGGUUGAUUCAGUUGCAUCGCUGCAAAAUAUGCUUAGUAAAGUCCUUUCAGGAAAUUAGGUGUUAUGGAUUACUCGCAGGAAGAUUGUUUUUCUUUUUUAGUGCACUUCACAAACUCUGCUCCAGACCCUUUUGCUUAAUGGAAAAUGCUUCUAUUUGAUAGAACUUUAUUAUUGUGAACUAGUUUUAUACGCACAUUGCGCGAAUGAGUUAAUGCCCAAUGUUUAUAUUUAAAUAAAUAUUUGAAAG